UGCUCUUCCCCGCCAUCGACAUGGCAGCGCCUGCAGCGGUAAGGCGGGCCCAGGGAUGCGGGGAGGGGUGUGAGGAGGGCGGCAAUGCCGCUCCUAGCUUCCCCCAGGUGCCCCGCGGCCCUGGCGGGGGAGCGGCUCCACCGGGCACCGCCCUGGACGCGUCCUGGGCCGGGCCGGGCCGGGCAGGGCAGUGCAGACAGGGCAGGAGGAGCAGCCGCAGCCGCGCCAUGGCUUUUGCCCGCUGGUGGUACGCUAUGCAUGGUGACAAGAAGACAAGUGAAGCUUCUUCCGAGGCAGGAGAGAAAAAAGCAGAAGUGGAAGAGAAGCAGUCUCCUGUGGAUGCAUCAAAACCACGAAUUAUGAAGCCGUCUAAAACUGAGUCCACACUGACAACAAGAGCAGGAUCUGAAAAAAACAUGCAGUCAAACAAGCCUACAGACUCUCAAAAUAAGCAGCUGUCUGAAGAGAAGCAAAAGGAGCCCAGUGAUGGAAAAAGCCAAGCCAUACCUACUGUGACAACAGCUUCUAAACCAAAUAACACAAGAAAAGUAACUACAGGUCAGGCUGACCAGCCUCCACCUGCAGCCUCCACAGAGACAGCAAAGAAGUCCAGGGAGAUGUCCACAGUGGCUGGUGCAGCUGCUGGAACAGACACAGCUGGUGCAAGUGUGGUUGCUGCUGCUGACAAAUCAAGUACUGAGCCUGGUAUGGAUGAGUCAGCACUUGAUAGCCUAAUAGACACCCUUGGUGGACCUGAGGAAGAUGUGUCUACUAAUCCUGUUUACUCUGGCCCAGAAAUUACGGAAGAUAUAUAUUCAAGAUACUUGGAAGAAAUGGGCAAACGGGAAGGUAGUCUACCUCCAGAGUAUGUUAAACUGUUGAAGAAGCCAAUGACAGAUGAGGACCUUGCAGAGGCUCUGUCAUCUGACUUCACCUGCAGUGCAGCUUCUGCUCAGGAGAAGAAGACAAGUCUGACAGAGAAACCAAAUAAAGAAGGAGAAAUUGUGCAAGCACAAGCAGCAAGUUCAGUUAAGACCUCAGUUCCUCCUAAGGAGAAGACAAAAUCAAAAGAGGAAAUUAAAGAUGAUGCAAUGGAUGCUCUUCUUGAUACUCUUGGAGGACCUGAACCUGAACCUGAAGAAGAUCCCACCCGUGUUGUAGAGGUGUCAGAGGCAAAAGCCAAAGAGAAAAAGGAACAAAAAACUGGAGAAUGUGAUGAUACAAUACCUCCAGAGUACAGGUUAACACCAGAGUUGGAUAAAGCUGGAAAACCAAUAUUGCCGAAGCCUGAAGAAAAACCAAAGCCUUUGAGUGAAUCUGAUCUUAUUGAUGAAUUUUCAAAGGACUUUGUCUGCCCUGCACAGCCUGCAGUUCAACCCAAAGCACCAAAGGCCUGCAAUAUACCCAAAAAGCCAUCAGUUUCUAUUUCUGCAAAAGCCACUGAGGAUAAAAAGGUCCCUUGUGCCACAGCUUCCGCUGUGCUGUCUGCAGUUCCUGUGUCUUCAGGAAAACCCAUGCAGGUUGGUCCUGUGUCAGAUGAAGCACUGGAAGCCUUGUCCAGUAGCCUAGGAAAGAGGGAACCUGAUCCAGAUGAGAAAAAGCCUGCUGUGGACAAAGUUAAGGAGAAAACCAAAAAGGAACAACUGGGUGAAGAAGAAGAAACAAUUCCUCCAGAGUACAGAUUAAUAGAAGCCAAACCUAUGAGUGAAAAUGAUCUUUUAGAGGGUUUGACAGAAGGAUUUUCCUGUUCUCCAUCACCACCUGCACAAUUACCUACAUCAACUGUACUAAAGAAAGCCAAGGAUGGUGUCAAGCACAUGAGUUCCUCGGAUGUGAUCUCUGCUGCUACGGUUUCCUCAGUACACUCAGCAGCUCCUGCACCUUCUGCCUCAGGAGGAAAAGAGAUGGAUGAAGUCUUGGAUCUCCUGUCUGAUUCCCUGGGAAAGAGGGAACCUGACCCUGAUGAGAACAAACCAGUUGUGGAUAAAGUGAUGGAAAAGGCUAAAUCUGAAUACAGAGACAAACUUGGAGAUAGAGAUGAAACAAUUCCACCAGACUAUCGAAAACUUCUGGAGUCAGGUGAGCAGAGUAAACCAGCAAAGCCAACAGCAAAGGAUGACGUGAAAUACAAAGGAAAGAAGAAACCUACGGAUGACAGUGCAACUAUUGAUGCCUUAUCAGGUGACUUUGAUACUUGUGCAAAGGCUCCUGCUACUACACCCCAGCACUCAAAGGACAAAAGUGGAAAGGAAGCUACGACCACUAAACCAAGCUCACAGGAUAAAGGAAAGCCCAGAGACCCUAAAACGGCAAAGGGACAGUCCUCCAGCAGCAAAUCUGAGAAGCAGAAAACAAGCUAAACGUUAACCUUACCAGGAUCCUGCUGCAUCAUGUAAAAUGUCUUCUGUCUGUGGGUGGAUGAUUAUUCUUGAAGAACAAAAGCUGAUGCCUGAAGUACAUAGUUAUUCUGGGUGUUUUUUUUACGGUGAUACUUGCUGGACUUUUUCUCAUAUUUUCUUUUUUCCCAGUAGUAGACUCAGGUGGUUUGUUUCUUUCCCCCAGCAAUUCAGUUUACUAAGACUUAUAUAAUGUCUGACUUUAUUGUAAUUUCCUUCAGCAUUCAGGGGGAAAGAAUGCUUUCUAUUUGCAGGAAAUAUAUUGCAUCAAUGAAGAGCUAUGCCAAAAAAAAAAAAAAGAGAAAAAAAAAUCCGCAGACUUUUGCACAUAAUCUCCACAUAGUGCCUGUAAAUUUCUGAGGACUUCAUAUGUGCUAGCAUUUUUUAACGUUGCAAUGAAUGCAUUAAGUAUUCUGGAAUAUGGUGAGCUUUAGUUACCCUCAGCUGAUCUGUUCAGCAUUCUGCUCAGGCCAGCUGCUGAUGGGAAGUUGUAGGCCAGCUGUGGGGUGGCUAAAGAAUGAGAAACUGGGGAUUAGCUGCUUCUUCCAGUAUGUCUGGACAUCAAGCAGGUAGUUGGGAUGCUGCCUUUAGCCAUAGUUAAAGCACACUAGGGCAGGACUUCUUUAUUAUUAUUAUUAUUAUUAUUAUUAUUAUUAUUACCAUUAUUUCCAAUUGUAUCUGUAUUGUUAUCUCAUAAUUUCAGGAGUCUCCUGGACUGGACAAAUAACAAAUGUAACAGCUACCAACACACAACAAGGGUGGGGAAAGAAAGGAGGGGCACAAGCUUCAGCAGCGAUCAAAGCUCAGAUCCAGGGGCAGGCUCCUUUUUAUCUUUAUUUUGCACUGUUUCUAGUCCUUCUGUUCCUGGCACUCCAGCAGGGAAUGCAGGAAUGGGGCUGAAGGUGAUGCUGCGGAGAUCAAAGCUCCAUUUCUCUUGUUCCUUGCCAGGAGAGGCACGGCCAGGUGCCUCUCGUGGCCCUGGGCUGCCACCACCUCUGUGGGUUUUUCCUCUGCCUCCCUGCCCUGCAGAACAUUCUUCUGCACAUCCUGGCAUGUGCACAGCUCUGCUGUGGGCUGGCAAAGGGAAGGCCACUGGCAGCAGAGCCCAGCAUCUGCAGGCAGGGAUGGUGCAGGGACUGAAGUUGGGGAUAUUUAGACUUGUGACUGUACUUGCAGUCUGCACCAUGCCACUCCAAUAAAGUUUUUAAGGAUGCA